AUGAUCUCCAGCAGGAUGCAUAUCAUCUCGGGCCAGAUAUUCCCACUUGGAUUCGUCUCCACUCUGGGAAUUGAGAAACGUCAACAUGUCAAGAAGCCAAUUCACGGUCUUUGGAUUAAGGCAAGGUUGGAUCUCGACCUCCUAUAUGGCAGAUACCCGGCGCGGAGAUUAGGACCAGAGCAAGCUGUAGCCUUCAGUUGCAAUAAUAAGUACUUCGCGGGCUACCUGAGUUUGCCCGGCCCCAAUUUCGCUAGUGCCGUAUUCCGCAGACUGCACAGCCAUCAAGGAUUCUCAUCCUGCGCGCCUACUCCUACGAAUAACAGCGGUCUAGGGAUAGAGGCUAAAGCCCGAUACGUCCAGGAUGAAGUAGUCGGAGUGGAACAAAUGGAGACUGCAGAAUGGGAGACCCCCCACCCCCCGAAGCCGUCAUCACGAUGUCCAAUUCCAGCAAUAUUUCUCAACCUCGAGGUUGGCCUAUCUUUUUCUUCGGGCGAGCGCCGGACACACACCGCGUCUUUGAGAUAUGCCUCCAAGAGGAUGGAAGAAAGAUUAUACGAGGAACGAAUGCGGAAGCAAUAUGAGGAGGGGAGAUAUAGUCAACAACCUCCUGCGAUCCUAACGCCGGGAGAGGGCUUCCAAGCCCAUCGCCAGACCCGGCAUCAACAACAGCAGGAACGGCAGCGGAGACUUGGCGUUCGAACUACAGAGCAACACGAAAGAGGCACUUCAGCCCCGCCGGCUGCGCUUGGUCGGACGCAACUCCUCAGUAGUCCCGCGUGCACACGGGCGCCCUCUUUCCCAAGGAAUCGAGUAGUCUCAUACGAAAGGACGAACCAACCUUUGCCCCCGACACCCUCCCAAUUUCGUCUUGGGGAGGCAGACAUGCCCUGGUCAGUACCUCCUUGGUACCCACCUUCCGAAGCAGAAUCUCCCAGGGGUGAAAGUCCCGUUUCGACUGUUUCCGCCAUUUCAGCUAUGUCACCUGUAGAACAGGAAAAUAAUAGACUGCUCGACGACCCGCAGCGCGUAAGAGAUCUGGAGGCACUCCAUCAAGCGAUGAUGACGGUCGGUAGCUUGGGUAGUGAUGGGUGGGAGCCAAGGUCCCGGGCAAGUAUGGAUGAAAUAUCCCGGGUCCCAAGCAGUGUUGGCUGGGCUGUCAGUUCGAACGAUGCAGCAAACGGACCGCUUCUUUCGCCCUUUGGGCCUCCACCCUACGAUAACGAGUUCAACAAUCGAAAGCCGUCCGCCAAACCUAGCAUCGACUCCUUUCAGACCAAUGAUGAUUUUGGCAAUCAUGCCUACUCUAAUGGACGAACAUGGGACUGA